CCAUCUCUAAAUUGUGUAAUGGAUCUUCCCCAAUCCAAAUCCAUACUCAUUUUCAUUCUCAGAAAAAUCGAUGGCUCAGACAACCCCAAACCACACUCAGACUGUCCAUGGCUGGGCUGCUCACGACCCUUCUGGAAAUAUCACUCCAUACACCUUCAAGCGCAGAGAGAAUGGAGUGAACGAUGUAACAAUCAAAAUCCUCUACUGUGGAAUUUGCCACACUGAUAUCCAUCAUGUCAAAGAUGACUGGGGCAUUACCAUGUACCCUGUUGUCCCCGGGCAUGAAAUUGUGGGGGUUGUGACCAAGGUGGGCAGCAAUGUGACCGGAUUUAAGGUCGGCGACAGGGCCGGAGUUGGAUGUAUGGCGGCGACAUGCCUCGACUGCGAAUAUUGCCGCGACGGCCAGGAGAAUUACUGCGAUCAGGUUCAGUUCGUGUACAACGGCAUUUUCUGGGACGGCAGCAUCACAUACGGCGGCUACUCCGAGUUUCUAGUAGCAGACCACAGGUAUGUUGUGCACGUGCCCGAAAACUUGCCAAUGGAUGCGGCGGCGCCUCUCCUUUGCGCGGGCAUCACCGUGUUCACUCCAUUGAAAGAUCACAACUUGUUGGAGUGCAAGGGGAAGAGGAUAGGGGUAGUUGGCCUUGGAGGGCUCGGCCACAUUGCCGUGAAAUUUGGGAAGGCGUUUGGGCACCACGUAAGUGUCAUUAGCACGUCGGCGUCCAAGGAAAAGGAAGCAAAGGAGAGAUUAGGCGCCGAUGACUUCAUUUUGAGCACAAAUGAAGAACAAAUGCAGUCGAAGAAAAGAAGCUUGGACUUUAUUCUCGACACAGUUUCAGCCAAACACUCCCUCGGCCCGAUUCUUGAUCUGCUCAAAGUGAAGGGUACUCUGGCAAUUGUCGGCGCGCCCGAUAAACCCAUGGAACUCCCUUCUUUUCCUCUGAUUUUCGGAAAAAGGGCGGUGACGGGGAGCAUCAUCGGGAGCAUAAAAGAGACGCAGGAGAUGAUGGACCUAUGCGGCGAACACAACAUAACAUGUGAUGUUGAGGUUGUCGGAACCGAUGAAAUUAACCACGCGCUUCGCCGGCUCGCGAAUAAUGACGUUAAGUAUCGCUUUGUUAUCGACAUUGCCGGAAGCUUUUCAUCGAAGGCUUAGGAGCUAAGAUGUCCUAAUUUUCGAUGUACGAUGUUGUCGCAGGGCAAGACUGUGUUCUUAUUGAUGCUUUAAUUUGGUUUCAAAAAAUUGGUAUUGAUUUGUUUACAAUUACAGCUACGAACCAGAAACUGUUUACACUGGAACAAAUCAAGCUCUGUUAUUUCAAAACUUUUUUAUAGAAGUGCAAGAUUUACUA